AUGAAGAAACGAGCACUGAGCCCCAAAGAAGGCCAGAAGGAGGAAGUGAGAGAGAAAGAUCCAUCAGUGAGACCAAAAGUAGGUCUCCCUGAAAGGCUGCCCAUCUCAUCCAAAGAGGAAUGCCGAGGGAGUGGGACCUCGUCCUCCCUGCCACCAGCAAUGUCGACAAAACCCAGUACCUCCCCAGAGAGGAGGAAGAAGAAUGAGAUGGAAGCCUGGGAAAAGGAGCUGGUGGAGAAGGAGGGCAGGCUGGCUCAGCGAGAGGAGCAGCUCCAGAGAUGGUGGCAGGAUCAUGAGCGGGAGUGCCAGGAGCUGCAGCUGGAGAAGGCGUCCUUCCAGGUCAAAUGGCAGAGCCAGAUUUCCGGUCUCCAGGAGAAACUCAUAAGAGUCCCCUCUGAGUCUGGAGUCGCUGAGUCCUCCAAGGAGAAGAGCCCUGCCCGUCCUCAGCAAGGGCACGUGGAUUCAGAACCAUCCAUCUCCCCAGAAAGGAACAGUCUCCUAAGGACUCUCAAAGAGAAAAGCCCUUUCCGUUCCCACGGCACAACCAAGCAGACGCACCAGGCUGCUGAGGAACAGCCCAGGCGCCAGACUGCUUCUUCAGCUCAGCCAAAGCCAAGGAGAAGCAGGAAGAGAGGAAAACGGGACAGGGACUCUUAG